UUUUGUCAAUUUGAGGUGUGGAGGGGCAGCACGCAAGAGAUAGUUACUAAAAAGAGAGACCUCCCAAAGACAGCACCGCGACUGCAAUCAAUCCCUCUAAAAACCUAACCCUAGAAAUCUCCGACUAAGUAAAGGAUUCAAAUUUCCUCCCUUUCCUAGUCCGUCUAUGCUUGGUUGUGUUGAAGUCGAAGAGGAUCAGAGAGAGGGUUCCUCCUUUAAAUGCUCUCUGGUUAUCCCCCCUUCAAGGUUCCUUCUUUUUUCAUGUCUUCUUCAAUCACACCCUCUUUCUUCUCUGCUCCUUCAGGGUCCUCUCAAGCCCUAGGCCAACCCUUUGAUCUUUUCUCUAUACGUCUCUUUCCCUCUCAAACUUCCCCUUUGCAUAAAACAUGACUGAUUCUAAGCAGGUAUUCCUUUUUGGGUCAUUUUCCGAAGAUGAAACCAGGUCAUUGCUGUCAAAACAGUCAGCUGGUAAUGCUGAAAAGCCUGUGCAAAAGAAAGAAUUGCAAUCUGGUUCUUUGAAUUUUGCAGCUGGAGGAUCUUUGGGUGGUGCUAAUGGUGAUUUGAGCAACAAGCAGGGUUCCACAAACCGGCCAGUUGGCUUUCUGUCCUCAACAUCACCAAUUGCGGAUAGAAAAAGUAUAAAAUCAGCAAGAGAUCAUACCUCAACUACAUUACAAACUCCAAAAGAAAAUGGAACUACAAAGAGUACUAAUGAGAGUUCUAGCCUUAGUAAUGGUGUAAAACAACUGAAAGUUAAAAGCACUGAUGUAACUUCACUGCACUUAUUGCAAAAUGAUUGUGGUCCUUUGAAUAAUUUUCAAAGUUUGAAAUUUGAUGUCCUUGAGAGCGAAAGUAUGGAGGGUAGAGAUCAGAAUGGGAUGAAUGAUAUUUCAUUAGCAUGCACUGUUGAUGGAGACAUUCCAAAGGCAGCUAAGGAGCCCAUUACGGUUGUUAAAAACUUACUACCCCGAGGUUUGAUCAACACUGGAAAUUUAUGCUUUCUCAAUGCCACUUUACAGGCUCUCCUAUCCUGUUCUCCUUUUGCUGAACUUUUGCAGCGGCUUAGACUUCGUAACAUACCCAAGGUUGGCUUUCCAACAUUAACUGCUUUUGCAGAGUUUGUCUCUGACUUUGAUGUGCCAUCCAGCAAUCCUAAUGUAAAGAAGAAAGAUACAACAGUCCUUGAUAUCGGUAGGCCUUUCAGCCCUGCCAUGUUUGAAGCUGUUCUUAAAGUUUUUACUCCAGAUGUGCCAAAUAGCAUAUCUGGUAGGCCAAGGCAGGAAGAUGCUCAGGAGUUUCUAAGUUUUAUCAUGGAUCAAAUGCACAACGAAUUGAUUAAGCUUGAAGGGCAGCCCGGCAGCCUUGUUGGGGUCAGGUCAUCACUAGUUUCUUCUGUAGAAGAUGAUGAAUGGGAGACAGUUGGGCCAAAAAACAAAUCAGCAAUCACUAGAACUCAAAGCUUUCUUCCUUCAGAGCUAAGUGAUAUAUUUGGAGGACAGUUAAGAAGUGUGGUGAAGGCAAGAGGAAACAAGGCUUCAGCUACUGUUCAACCAUUUCUAUUGCUCCACCUUGAUAUCCACCCUGAAGCCGUUCAUACUAUUGAGGAUGCGCUUCAUUUGUUUUCUGCAUCAGAAUAUCUUGAGGGGUAUCGUGCAUCAACAGCUGGGAAGCAGGCUGGUGUUGUCACUGCCAGAAAAUCUGUCAAGUUACAGACACUUUCAAAGAUAAUGAUUUUGCACCUGAUGCGUUUUAGCUAUGGAAGCCAGGGGAGCACCAAGUUGCAUAAGCCUGUACGCUUCCCUCUUGAAUUGGUAUUGGGUCGGGAACUACUUGUUUCUCCAUCCACUGAGGGCCGAAAAUAUGAACUUGUUGCUACAAUUACCCAUCAUGGAAGAGAGCCCUCUAAGGGGCAUUAUACAGCUGAUGCUCGUUACCCCAAUGGCCAAUGGCUACGAUUUGAUGAUGCCUCUGUUACAACCAUUGGGACAAGCAAGGUGUUGCAUGACCAAGCAUAUGUUCUCAUCUAUGAACAAACAUAGAAGGUGCCGGAGUUUGGAGUUUUUAGGCUACUUGUACCGUGUUUGCAUUAUGCUCAACCUAUACUAUGGCUUGUGUGUAGCAGGAACAUCGAACGUCAACAGAUUGGCCGAGUGAUUUUUCCUUUUCUUGCAGCAGCUGGUUGCUCAUUAGUCUAUUGUAAUGAUAAUGAAAAUGUAUGAACGUUCUUGCUAUUCAAUAAAAUUUUGCUAAUGCUUAAA